CAACAGCUGCUUUAUUCGCAGCCAGCAAGUCAAACGACAGCAGCGACUCUGCCACCAAUACAAACGUUUGUGCAUCACACCGCAACGAGCAGCAAAGCCAUUAACGGUUUGCCUUUGGCCAAGCACAUUGAGGUCACUAAGCACGUGCCCAUCACGCACUAUCAGAAACAACAUGUGCCCUACAAGCAGCCGGUGCCCAUACGCGUACCCCGACCCAUUAUCAAUGCCAUACCCAAGCCGGUGGCCAUCAAAGUGCCCGUCACCAAGACUGUCGCAGUGCCCCAAGUGCAGGAGCUAAAGGUGCCCAUCGAGCGUGUGAAGCCGGUGCCUGUGGAGCAGCCAGUGCCGUUUGUGGUCGAGCGACGUGUGCCCUAUCGCGUGGAGAAGCCUGUGGCAACGCCUGUCUACUAUCCGUACCCGGUUAAAGUGCCCAUUGUACGCACAGUGGUGCACAAGCAGCGCUCGCCAGCACCACAGUAUGCCCCACAGCAUGGCUGGCAUGCGUUCAAUCCCAAUCAGCUGCUGGGCUGA